UGUUUCUUUUGUUAGCAAAUAAAAAUAAAGAAAAACGACGAGGAUCAGAGAGGAAGGAGAAGAAGCAGAGGGGAAGGGGUCCAUUAAAUAACAUUGAAGCAGUUUCUCGAAUGGCGUUUUCUCCAAUAACUCCACUUUAGAAACAGAGACAUAAAAGAGACAGCUUUGAAACAGAGAUGGAUUCAAAGGUAAAAACUUUUCCUUAGACAGACAAAAAAAAAAAAGAGAGAGAGAGAUGAGUUGUAGGAGAUUGCUGAACUCGAUACAAGCCUUGGCUGCUCAUAGCUUACUCUUCUCUUUCACGCUCUUGCUCGUUCUUAAGCUCGAUCACACCCUCUCCUCCUCAUGGUGGAUGGUGUUUUUCCCAUUGUGGGCCUUUCAUGCUGUUGUUGCAAGAGGAAGGUUCUCCCUUCCUGCUCCUGUUGCUCCUCGUAACCGUCAUUGGGCUCCAUGCCAUGCUGUUGUCGCCACACCCUUGCUUGUAGCGUUCGAGUUACUCCUCUGUAUAUACCUCGAGAGUUCUUAUGCUAGCUGGCCACCAGCUGUGAGUUUGAAGAUUGCAUCCCUACCGCUGUUGGCGUUUGAAGUAACGAUACUGAUAGACAAUUUGAGAAUGUGUCGAGCAUUGAUGCCAGGAGACGACGACAGCAUAAAUGAUGAAGCAAUAUGGGAGGCACUUCCUCAUUUCUGGGUUGCUAUUUCCAUGGUGUUCACAUUGGCUGCUACGUUCUUUGCCCUCCUAAAGCUUACUGGUGAUGUAGCUGCUCUCAGCUGGUGGGACUUAUUUAUAAAUGUUGGAAUUGCCGAGUGCUUUGCUUUUCUCGUUUGUACAAAAUGGUCCAACCCAGUGAUCCAUAGAAGCUCACGCCCUCGUGAAACGGGGUCAUCUUCUACCCCAAUUAGAUAUCUUGACUGGAACAGUGGGCUCGUAGUUACUCCAGAACAGGAUAAUCACCAAGACAGAUACUGUGGUCUACAAGAUAUUGGUGGUCACUUGUUAAAAAUCCCCGUCAUUGUAUUUCAAGUUGUUCUUUGCAUGCAUUUAGAGGGGACUCCUGAAAUAGCUAAGGAUAUAUCUAUCCCAGUCAUGUUUUCUCCGAUGUUCCUGUUGCAAGGCCUUGGUGUUCUCUUUGCUACAUCCAAACUAGUAGAGAAGAUUGUCGUCUUACUACGAGGGGAGGCUGGUACAGGAUUGUAUUUUAGAGUUUCAUCAAGGGCACAUGAUUGCUUGGGUUUCUUGCACCAUGGUUCCAGGCUAUUAGGUUGGUGGUCGAUUGAUGAAGGAAGCAUGGAGGAACAAGCACGACUUUACAUUGAUGGAGAAUCUGGCUACAAUACAUUCAGUGGUCACCCGCCUGAGAUAGUCAAGAAAAUGCCAAAGGAAGAUCUUGCUGAAGAGGUGUGGAGACUUCAAGCCGCUCUUGGUGAACAAACCGAGAUCACAAAAUUUAGCCAGCAAGAAUAUGAAAGACUGCAAAAUGAGAAAGUGCUGUGUAGGGUUUGCUUUGAAAAAGAAAUCAGUUUGGUACUGCUUCCAUGUAGACACCGUGUUCUCUGCAGAAUCUGUUCAGAUAAGUGUACAAAGUGUCCGAUAUGUCGUGUAGCUAUUGAAGAACGACUUCCUGUAUACGACGUUUGAAUGUAUCCAACUUUGGCCCAUGCUCGAGAUUAGGAUUUGAGGUUGAUGCUCCAAACACUCCUUCCUUUUCUUACCAUACUUUUGAUCUGGUUUUGCUGAAUCUUUUUUAUUUGUCUGGAUCAGCAUUAGUACAAAAUGUAUAGGUGUAUAAAUAUGUCAUUUGUAGAAAACCCCAUACAUACAAUCUCUUACGUACGUUAGCAAUAACAUGCCAAGUUUGUAUAAAUAUCUGUCUCUCAAUUUUUGUAUUAUAUAUUUCAUUUGGGUGAAA